AUGACGGUUCGUUCUUGGAGUAUGGUGAUUUCCUCAAGCACUUUCAAGCAGUCGAUGAAUGCGAAUUCUAUCGUGAUCAGUGACGCGUCUAUUUUCACUGGAAAAGUGGACGGAUUAAUUAGAAAUAAUCCAAAGUUCACUGUUGAACUUAAAGAUCCCGAGGAUGGAUGGAAGAUUAUCAACAGCCAGUUCAAUUUAAUCGAAACAAAAACAAAAUGGCCAUCUCCGGAAAAUUGCGAUCAAUCUCAGCAUUCGCUUCCUGCAGGGAUGAUUGCCUGGGUUAAGAAUUUAUAUGGAAUUAAUAUUAACUUAGGAGUAAACUAG